GUUCCCAGGGCAAGCUUGGAAGAACAAUCACAGCUUAAGUUUGCUUAUUAGAAAUAACUUGAUUGAUUGUGCAAUUGGAAACACAAACAUUUGAAUUACUCUUGCUCUUGCAAAAUCAAGCAGAAGUCAAGAUGUCCAAUUUGACACUCAUAGCAGUAGGCUUGUGCCUGCUAUUACAGUUGGGUGCUUCCGCAUCAGUUUCCACCACAGCUGCUCCAUCUCCCAGGAUGGUGUGUUACUUCACCAACUGGUCUCAGUACAGACCGGACAAAGGGAAAUACAAGCCAGAGAACGUGGACCCCCAACUUUGCACCCACCUGAUCUACGCUUUCUCCAUCAUCAACUCCCGCAAUGAGCUGGUCACCUACGAGUGGAACGAUGAGGAUCUCUAUAAAUCCUUCAAUAACUUAAAGACAAAGAACCCUCAUCUUAAGACUCUGUUGGGCGUUGGAGGAUGGAACUUUGGUUCUUCCCAGUUCUCCAUCAUGGUGCAGAAUGCUGCCAACCGUCAGACAUUCAUCCAGUCCACCAUCCAUUUCCUGAGGACCCACGGUUUUGACGGUCUGGACCUGGACUGGGAGUACCCCGGGUCCCGUGGGAGCCCCCCAGAGGACAAGCAGAGGUUCACUCUGCUCUGCCGGGAGCUUGUGGCCGCCUUCGCAGCUGAGGCCAAGUCGACGGGCAAUGCCCAGCUCAUGCUGUCCGCUGCUGUGGCUGCUGGAAAGGCCACCAUUGAUGCAGGAUAUGAGAUCGAGGAGAUUGCCAAAUCUCUGGACUUCAUUAACGUGAUGACAUAUGACUUCCACGGAACCUGGGAGAGAUUCACUGGCCACAACAGCCCACUGUAUCGUGGUGCUCAGGACCAAGGAGACCUAAUCUACUUCAACAUUGAUUACGCCAUGACGUACUGGAGAGAUAAAGGCACCCCAGUGGAGAAGCUGAACAUGGGCUUUGCCACCUACGGCCGCACAUUUCGCCUGUCAUCAUCUGACACCAGAGUUGGAGCACCAGCCAAUGGCCCCGCCUCUGCCGGGCCAUACACACGUGAGGCGGGCUUCUGGGCCUAUUAUGAGAUUUGCACCUUCGUGAAGGGGGGAACAGUUGAAAAGAUUGAAGAUCAGAUGGUUCCAUAUGCCUACAAGGGAAAUGAGUGGGUUGGAUUUGACAACAGGGAGAGCUUCAAGACAAAGGUCCAGUACAUGAAGGAAAAAAAGUUUGGUGGUGCCUUUGUGUGGGCCCUGGAUCUUGAUGACUUUGCCAACCAGUUCUGCGCAGAGGGCAACAACCCCCUAAUGGGAUAUUUGCGCGAACUCCUUAACAUUGAGUUGCCUCCACUGCCCCCCACCACCACUCCAAAACCUGGCCAAAGCACCACCACACGGCCCACUACAACCUCCACCACCACCACCACCACCCAUGCGCCUGGGACCGGCUUCUGCAACGGCAAGCCCGAUGGGAUCUACGCCAACCCAGACGACAUCACCGCCUUCUACAUGUGUGCCGGUGGCAUCACACACGACAGAAAAUGUGGCACUGGCUCAGUCUUCAAUGACAGCUGCAAGUGCUGUGUGUGGCCCUGAAUGUACUGUGCGAAACUGUGUUAGCAUUGCUAAUGCUAACACCAACAAGGGUUACUAUGGUGCUAAAAACACAAAUAGGUUUUCGGGGCAGAAUGUUUCCUGCAGAUCAGAUGCAUUCAGUUGGGUCAUGCAUUUGAGCGUUGUGGAGCAGUGUAAAAGUAAUUGUUUGAAUUUUAUGUGUAACGAUUCUAGAUCAAUGCAUAAUAAAAUAAAUUCUGCUUCA